AAUUCUUUCCCUUAAAUCUCCUCUUUUGCAGACACAUUUCAUAUGUUAUAAAUUAUAUUGUUAUGAGCCUCCUGUUCUAGCUGUCCCCUUAAUGUUGCUUUAUGAGGCCCAGUGUUGCACAACUAUCCUUCAUAAUCUUAAAUCUUACACCGUAUAGAUUUUCUAUUUACCAACCAAAAUGGCCAGGACAGGCAGUGAUUGUCCUGCUACAUUAAAUCCAGCACACUGUGGACCAGGCAAGGCUGCAACCCAUCAAGCUCACAUAUUAAUCACAGCUGCUCUAAUGGGAUAACAGCUCCUAAACUAAUCAGUCCUUCUUGUGUUGAAACAUUCAGGGGCCGACAGCUUAAGUGAGUUGCACGAGAGCGUACGAAGAACAGAGCCAGAUAAAGUGGAGCAGUUUGUUUAGUUGACAGCGGGGAAAAAAUAAACAGAUUGUGCCAGGAAGAUCUGGACAGUCUCCUCUUUCUUCCCCCUCCCUCCUCUGUUACAUAACUCCACACUGACAGGAGGGUCAGUUCGCUUCCUGCGAUCUUUCACAGAGGUGCUUUUUCCAUUUUCUCCAACAUCUGUGUUUCACAACUUUACUAUAAUGAGUCUGAGGAUCGUCGUCUUUCUGGCUGUGCUAACUGGGGUGACUGGGAGCCCCCGUGUGACGGUCAGGCCCAAAGCUGACUCAGCGGAUAUGACGGCUCAUCCAAACAGCGUACCAGAAACAUUAGAGGAUAAGAAGAUCUUUGGACAGCAAGAAGUAUUAGUUGAAGAGGAGGCUGAAGAGGCUGUGAUGGCGACUGGAGAGCUGAACCCGAGUCACUACCCAGCUCGCCGGGCAGCCAAAGUGGUCCAACACUACCUCAACACCCGCUACGGUUCUCCAUACAGGCUGUUCGAGCUGCAUGAUGUCCACAGCGGAAACGCAGAGGAUGUGGCAGACACCGGAAGAAAGUAUCAACUGGAAAUCUCAGUGCAGGAAAUAAUCAGCAAUACUACAGAGAAAUGCUCUGCAGAGGUUUUCUUUCCAAGGGGUGAACAACAGGGCUCACCCGAAGUCCAGGCCAAGUGUGUUGAUCUCCUUAAAAUCAACACUAAAGCAGAAGAGGGGGCCUUGUACCAACAAUACAAGAUGAACCAAAGCCUGCUGUUGGCACAUCUACCUGACAGCUACGGUCACAUCGAGCCUGGCAUGGAGCCUUUCUGGCACCUUGGCGCCGUGGUGUCCAGCUUCGUGAUGCUGAAGGAAUCCAAUGAAAACACUCUGUACAACAUGGCUCAGGUGGCAAACAUCACGCAGCUGGAGACUGAGAACGACCAGCUGAAGUUUGACUGUCACAUACUGCUGCAUGAGAUGGUGUCCCAGGAAAUCAUUCACUGGAAGCUGCUGUUCACCUGGUCUCCUCCAGAGGGAGUGAAAGUGCUGCAGAUGGAGCAGCUGCUGCACACACAGACUGAACUGCCGAUAUCCAUCACACUGUUUUAACGACCAAAAAAAAAACGCCUUGAUGCUCACAUCUUGUAUUCAAAUAUUGAAGCCUAAAUGCUGCAAGUAAAAAGCCACCAUGUACUGAUGACAUCCUCACAUCGUGCUAUGUUUGUAUAGUACCUUUGGCUGCUGUUGUAAUUUAGCCAAAAUAAAUUGUUUAUACAGA